ACAAGAGAGGUGCUAGUUACUGUGCAGUGUAGUUUACCUUGUUUUUUGUGACGUGUGUAUAAUAUUGCUCCUCUUCUGUCGGAUAAAUAUGUUUAACAAAGUUUUCGCUUGUCUCUCUAUUUUUGGAGUGUUACAGAGUGUGAUAUACGGAGCAUCAGAUACCGGUGAUCACACCCACGAGCAUGUAUUCCUAGGAGAGUACGCUACUAACGUUCUGAACAUGAAGCCAGCAGAACUCGAGGACAUGCUGUACUGGCUGGUUGAACAGAGAAUAGACCGCGACAAUGAUAUGAAGAUAAACCUAGACGAACUGAAACACUGGAUGCAGCAUAUCUACCACCACGAUCUGGAUAACAACAUCAUGCAUGCCUUCUUCGAGUGCAACAAAAAGAAGGACCACGACAUAACCUUUAAGGAGUACAGAUCUUGUUUAGCUAGAAAACCGGGCACUGCCACUCCUACUGAGAAAACUGAAAACAGACUGGUAGCCAGAUGGAGACAGGCUGACCAAGACGGAGAUAGUAGACUAUCAUUGAACGAGUUUGGGCCGUUCUACGCACCUGACGAGAUGCAUCAUCAGCACAUGCAUGGCCUGCUGGUUGAUGAGUACAUUGACGACAGAGACGCUGAUGGGGACUACUUCCUGUCAUUCGAGGAGUACAUCUCUCAAAGUGUUGAGUUGAAGGAUCUAAACACAGGAGACGACUGGGAGCUAGGUUUAAAUGAGCGCUUUUCUAAAAUCGACGAAAAUAAGGACAGCAAGCUGUCUCACCCGGAAGUAGAGAACUACCUGUUCCCACCACAUUACGAUUACGAUCCUGCUCACGAGGAAGCUGUACAUAUCAUGAAGGAGACAGACGACGACAAAGAUAACAAGAUCUCCCACUACGAGAUGAUGAAACACCUGCGAGUAUUCGUGGGGAGCCAAGUUUUACAGCAAGGCAAACUCCUGCUGAGGUCUAGAGAUGAGCUGUGAUAGUACUAACUGUGAUCAAGUGAUAUUAUGGGUAUUGAUAGCUAGUGCUAUGUUUUAUAUGGAAAUCUGGUCACUUUAAUCUUAUUAUACUGAAGCGCGGACCGUAUCCUCCAGUUAUGUUAUUUACUGUAUUGUUCCCCGUGGCCCUCCUACCCUGGUGCACACUAAUUUCUUCUUGAAACGACCUAUUUUAUGGACCAUAGCAUAGGUCGUUCCAACAGGAAAUUGGUGUGCGGCACGACUAAUCAGUGCCACAACUAAUCUUGAGAGGAGUCCAAUAUAAACCUGGCUACAGUUCUUAUCAGGGCGUGUCUCUUUUUGAUAUCGCCCAAAAUGGGAUAAUCGUUUAACUCCAUAUAAAACGGCUAGAAUAACAUUAGAAAUAUUUUCGGUUAUCAAUUUUCAUUGAAGUGUCAGGUACUAACCAUGCCAAAUUUAUACAUUUCCGAGCUUUUUGCUUUUGUUAUAGUUAUUUUUAAUCAAAGUAUAAGACUAAGACGGGCUUUAAUGUUUCAAAUUAUUUGAUGAAGUUACAGAUUUACGUUAUUGUUUCUCGUUUCUCCUCUUAUAUAGUUGGUCUCAUGCAGUUAUGAUGUGCCAUGUUAUGUAUUAUCGAUUAUAAAUACCAUUACCAAAACAUAACAAAUCUGGAAUGUGGAAAUUGGAAUCGUGCUUUUUAUUUUGCCGUGCAAUAGAUUUGUAGUGUUGUAAUUAGUUUAAAACAUAUAUUACUUAUAAUUGUAAACCACAGAACGAGGAACUGGAGACGGACUUGCAUGAUGACAUGAACUUUACAAGAAGGAACAUACACUGGGGAACAAUAGCGUUAUAUUAAGUCACUUUACAAGAGGACAAUGACGUUGCUAGGUAACUAGUAUCUAGUAGUACUACUUAUCUAACAAUGAAGGAAAUGUGUUCAGUGUUGUGUUCAUUCAGUAGUUAUUUAUUAUUAUUAUUGUGUUAAAUUUUAAUUAGCUUUAACGUGAAAGAAGCAAGUUCAGCG